UUGUGUCAGCUGGUACUAUUAAUUACAGCUUUUAAUUAUUACAGGAAGUUCAUUAGGCCCUAGUUAAAAUUAAAAAUCCAUUGCAAGAUAAGAAGGAAAAAAUGAGAGCCUUUCCAUUGGUUCUGUUUUAAGCAAUUUUUUUAAAAAAUAAAUGUAACAUUUAUUUUUUCUGACAGGUUUUAAAAAUCAUAUUCACUUCAGCUAGAGGAAUCAUGAAAGAUAGAGGACAAAGAACAUUCCAUUUUCUUCUCUGUGAUUAGUAGCCUGUUUUUUCAUACCCAUGUCCAACAGUGCCAUAUAUGGAUGCAUGUGGAAACUUUGGGUUUCUAUGGAAUUGUAGUGGCCUCAAUACAGACAGACUACCAGAAAACAUACCACAAGAGUUAAUAAACCACAACGUGACUUUGGAUUUUUCAUUUAAUAAAUUUUCUACUUUAACAGAACAACUCUUUGAAAAUCUGACUGCAGUAUCAGUUGUGACAUCCAUUAUCCUGAGUCAUAACAAAAUUGCAAAAAUCGAAAACAAGGCCUUCCGAAAACUUUCUGGUUUAUGUAGUUUAGAUCUUUCAAGUUGUGAGCUUGAUAAAAACGGAAUAGAGACUGAAGCUUUCUCUUAUAUACACAAUCUGAAGUACCUUCGAAUUGAUCAGAAUAAUUUUCAGUCAGAUGGUUACCCGGACAUUGCCCUUUCUGCGAUUCAAAGAGGUUAGAAUUCGCUUUGGUGGGAAAUGUGACAUUACUCCGGCCUUGCGCUCUCUAAAAUGUUUCCAGCAUCGCAAUAUUGGAAGAAUUUAUAUGGAUCAAAACAGUAAAGAUGUUCAAACAGGUGUCAUAGUAUUAGAUGAUUCUUUGUCAGAAUAUCUCAUCAAUGUAUGUGUUCGUGCCUUAUUUUUACAACAGAAUCGCAUUAACUCUAUAAAAAUUAAUAUCUAUAAUACAACGUUAUGGAAUUGUCUACAGUAUGUAGAUUUUAGCCGCAAUAAUUUGCAUAAUGUGGAUUUAUCAAGCAGUCUUUCUUUUUUAUUUGCACCAAACAUGAAGAAUAUGAAUUUGUGCUGCAAUAAUCCAAAAACAAGGGAAAUCCAGUUAAAUAUCUAUGAAUAUGAUAGAUCAACAUUCUCUAUAAAUAUAACACUGCCUAAAUCUCUGGAAAUUCUUGAUGUUUCGAAAAAUUAUGUACAUAAUGUAAAAAGAUGGACACCUAGUUUCCAACUCAUUGGGGAAGGAUUACAAGAAUUGUACAUCCAAGAAACAAAUUUACCACUUUCUUACGUCGACCAAGCUGAUUUGCCAUCAUUAAAAACUCUUAACAUAUCUGUAGCUGCUUUACGAAGAUACCGUAUACAUGUGGAAUAUGUUAUACUGCGACUUAAAAACAGGUGGAAAGGUAUACAUUUUCAAAACAAAGAAAACAACUACAUUUAUGAUGUGUUUGUGUCAUAUAGUGAGAAAGACUAUACCUGGAUUGUUCGUUAUCUUUACCCAAAAUUAGAAAGCUUAAAUAUUAAGGCGUGGCUUAAGGACAGAGAUUCAAAUCCAGGAGACUGGGAGGCAGAAGAGAUAGUGAAAUGUAUAAAUGAAAGUCGAAAAGUGUUGUUCCUGAUCACUGAAUGUUUUCUGGAGAGUGGUUGGGCCUCAUACGCCGUCCAGAUGGCGGUUACUCACGCCUUCCAUAACCAGCGUCAGAGUUCCAUUGUUGUCAUCAUCAAAGACGAUAUACCGUUAGAGAGACUCCCGAACGAUAUUAAAAAUAUAUGGUGGUGCAUGGAGUACCUUAAAUGGACUGCAGAAAGUAGUGAAGACGAAGAUUUAUUACGUCUGCAAUUGUCUAAUUUGCUGAAGCCAACGUAA